GAAAUGUCUGCAAAUUUGUAUAUAAUCAUUCAUGGGUGUUGGCUCUUAUGAGACAAUACACAGAGCAGAAGGAGUUGCAUCGUCCAGGAAUCACAAGAUUUGCCACAAACUUCCUCACAUUGCAGUCCAUGCUUAGGUCUAAGCCUGCCUUGAGACGUAUGAUUGUUGGUGAGGAGUGGUCUUCCUCAUCCUAUGCUACCACCCCUGCAGGGAUAGAGAUGGCAGACUGCAUUUUUGAUGAGCAAGGCUUUUGGGUCCCUUGUGAUGAGAUAGUGAAGUUUGUUAAGCCCUUGGUGGUUUUGUUGCGAGUUGCGGAUGGAGAUAAGCCCGCAAUGGGCUAUAUAUAUGAGGGCAUGGAUAGGGCGAAGGAGGCCAUCAAAUUCGUCUAUGGAGCAGAUGAGAGCGAGUAUGGUCCCAUUUGGGAGAUCAUUGAUAGGAGAUGGCAUCAUCAGCUACAUAGGCCCAUCCAUGCGGCAGCCUAUUAUCUGAAUCCGGCAUUCCGUUUUAUCCCUUCUUUCAAGGCUGAUGCGGAGGUCCUUAAUGGGCUAUAUGCAAUCAUGGAGAAGAUGGGACCUGCCGGUACUUCUCAGAUAGACCUUUUUCGAGAGCUACAGAUGUUCUCAGAUGCACAAGGGGAGACCUUCUCUCGUCCUGUCGCCAAACACGCUAGAACAACUAUGAUGCCAGAUCAUUGGUGGAACUUUUUUGGCCCAGAGACACCAAAUGUUCAGAAGUUGGCCAUUCGUAUCUUGAGCCAACCAUGCAGCGCAUCAGGUUGUGAGCGCAAUUGGGGUAUGUUUGAGCACAUACACUCCAAGAGGCGCAAUAGAUUAUCUGUGGAGAAGAUGAAUGAUCUCGUCUUUGUUCACUACAACCUCUGCCUGAGAAUGAGAAAGAAUGCAACAGUUGACAUGUCUCCUAUCAUUCUAGAUGAGGUUGAUCUUGAAGCAGAGUGGGCCAAUGAGAAUCAGACAGCUCCUGGGACUCCUACAGCUGUAUUUAGUGAUGAUGACAUUGAUUGGAUCGACCAGGUAGAUAUAGAGGCUGAGGCUGUAGCCAUGGUAGAGGAGGAGUAGAGAACACGAGCAGAGACAGGAAAUACUGAGACUCGGAGUGACACAGCUGUUCCUGAUGUUGGUGAGCAUGACACAGUCGUUCCUGAUGUUGGUGAGCAUGGCAUGGUGUCACGGGGAGCAACUAUGGCUGCUGAAUCAUCCAGGACCUACUUUAAACGCCUUCGCAGGGGGCCAGGGCGAGAGGGUGCACGGCCAUCUCAGCCAUAGGCUUGUACACUUGUAGUUGUAUUUAGUUUUACUAUUUACCUUUGGUAUUUGUAUGAAACAUUUGAUGAUGAUCAUAUGAUGACAUGGAUUUUUUAUUCCAUGAGUUUUGUAAUAUUGUAUACAUUUGACAAUAUUUAUAUAUCUAUGUUUCUUAUUUUCUUCAGCUACAAUUUGCGUUUAUGCUUAUGUGAUUGAUGUAUACUUGUGUAUGUAAUCAAAUGAGCCGAGUUUAAUGAUGUUUUUGUGUCUUUAAGGUGUAUUCAA